AUGAAAACUGAACUGCGCAAGUGCGGCGGUGUUUGGUGUGUUUUGGCCAACGUCGAAGCCGAUGACGAAAUGGAAGCGCUCAACUUAAAACCAAAAUUCUACUCAACCGCAGCAGAUUACAUCAAAGAAUGUAAAAUAGCCGAUAAGAAUUUUGUCAACUGUUCCACGCAAAGCAUACAACAGUUAUUCGACAAGUUGAACGAUGGCAUACCCGGCUUGACGACUAUUAAGAGCUUUGAUCCAUUUUAUUUGAAUCGCAUUAGGAUAACGCAAGGCAACAGCAAUGCAAUCAACCUGAAAGUUGAACUGGCCAAUGUGAAAAUAAUUGGAUUUGGCCACACGAACGUCAUCGAAAGUCAAGUUUUCAAAAAGGAUUAUAGUUGGAAAACCACAUUUAUGUUGCCUGUGAUGAAGCUGCAAGGCGAUUACAGUUUAUUUGGGCGCAUAUUGCUCAUACCGCUUAAUGGGCGUGGCCAAGUAUUUCUAGAUGCAGAAAAUAUGACUGUGACGAUGCAUACAAAGACGCGCCUAUAUUCCAAGGGUGGUUAUACCUUUUAUAAUGUCACCAAUUGUCGCGUAGAUUUUAAAAUUGAUGGCCUAAAAUCGUAUUUCUCCAAUCUUUUCAACGGAAAUAAGCAGCUUGAGGAUAGUACCAAUAAGUUCUUCAAUGAUAACUGGCGCAUGUUGGCCGAUGCCCUCUACACUGUCAUCACACAAACCAUUGAGGAUAUUUUAUUGGAUGUACUGAAGAAGAUUUUCCAUUUCAUUCCGGCGAACUUUUUCGUUAGCGACAUACCAACGCCUGAACAGCUUUAUGGCAAAUCAAAACCGAAGUGA